UAAAAGAGGAUGUUUUGACGUUAAAUAGGCAUUAAAUGUCUGUUUGCAGGGAAGCCUAUGCGUUACAAUGUAUAAGCAUUUUAACCAUACUUAAGGAAAUAAGGUUCUUAAUAUUCUUACUUCAGGCUUAACAAAUUAUCUUUUUUAAAUUUCAGAUGACGUUGACAAUGCAAAAUUUAACGACAUCCCUUGAUACGGAAAAACUCCUCCAGCAAUGGAACCACGAGAUAUCACGUUCAUUUACGCUCAGUACUGUGGUCCAUUCCGUCUUAUUUACAGUCGGAACAUUUGGAAAUCUUUUCAUUAUUUUCAUAUAUAAUUUUAAAAUGAAAGGAUACAAGGAUGAUCGUUACUUCAUUCCAAUUCUAGCCGUGGUGGACAUGUUGGCUUGUGCAUUCUCCACGUGGUUCGCUCUAACAGUUAACAUCUUUCCGGUCAUAUUUCCGGAUGAUGUUCUUUGCAAGUGUCUCCUCUAUGUAAAUUACUUGGCAACACAAAGCUCAAUAUUUCUAUUGGUAGUGAUUUCCAUACAACGUUUUCUGAAAAUCUGUCGACCAUUCCAAAAACAAAUGACCCUGUAUUGGAAAAGAUUUUCAUUAGUUACCAUUUCGAUAGUGACAACCAUUAUUCUGAUACCGGAACUAAUAUUUUACGGCAAAGUUCCGGUAAGGAGUACCAAGUAUAAUGUGACUGGGUACAUUUGUGGUCCAAUACGACAACCAGAAAGCAUGGCCACUGGACUGAUAAGUUUUACUGCAGCCGCUAUGUCU